CAUCCUUAUUUUUCUUGAAAUUCUCACUCUCGUUCUAGUCGUUCUUCUCGAUGCUCGGAUCGACCUAGUUGAAACGAUGGAGCAACGCGCGUUCGUCAAUCAGAGACGCAUAGAAUUCUUUGAACCUCAUGCUGAUGGCAACUUCUCAUCUAGAAAUUACCCCACUCUUUCCGACAGAGGAAAUAGUAUUUUGGCCAUUGCUGCAGAGGAGGAUGAUGCCGAAGCAUACUACCCUUCUGUGUUUUGCGUUACUCCAAACCGCAGCAAUUUGUACAACAAGCUGGCUGCGUCAGGCAAAUCCCUCGCUUUUCCACUUAACAAGAGGGAGAGAUUUGAGCUUAUGUAUGCUCAAAGUAGAGCCAGCGAAGGGCUCUUUCACUCUGAAAACAAUCAGGCUUCUUCCCCGCCUAGUAGUAGACAGGCUAAGCAGCCUUGUGUCGUUUUUGAAGGCCCUUCAGCCAACAUGGCUCUGCUCCAUCAAACAAAUCGAGGGGCCACCAGAAGUUCAGUUCCUCGAGCUUUGAACUUUGAAGGCUAUAAUCCAGUGACUCACGAGGAAACAACGCCUAGAAAACGGCAAAUCCAAGUUGAAAGCAGUGCUACAAACGCACCAUCAAAGCCAAAAGUUUUAAAGGAGACCAGCAGGCAAUCUUCUGACAAAGGCAAAGCAACAUUUGAUAUGAAGUCAAAGGUUAAGAAAGCAUCAGGAUCACCUGAAGUCGUUAUACUGACGGCCAACGUGAAAUGCACUGUCGAAUGGCACAGCCAAAUAUCUUCGUUCAGAAAGUUCCAUGUUCUCUUUGAAGUUUUUGCGAUACUGCAACGAGUGCGAGAGAAAGAGACGCACUACGAGUUGUUGCUGCGAGACAAGUCGGGCCCCUUGAUGCUGACACUGUUCUACAAGAUGGACCAGACGAUGCCUGAACUGGCGAGUGGACAGGUGGUGCGCGUCGUCGGCCGGCUGCUGGCCCGCACACGGCUUCAGGCGUUCAGCGUGCGCCAGGCCAGACCCGGCGAGAUGCAGCGACACGACCUAUAUCUCAGCAACCAGUCCCUCAAGACGAUGAAGCGUAUUGAGCAAGACCAGGAGGAAUAAUGAACUUAUUAUUCUAUGAGUAGAAAGUGACGCGCUGUACGCGAUGAAUGCACUCUGGAUCAGUGUUUUAAUUUCCGCUCUCAUGUAAAUGACCAUUGAAUGUGUUUCUGUUGAAAUAUCUUAUUGUUUUUUGAUGUAAAGCAAUAAAGGGAAGACUUAAAAUAUAAAAUUU